AUGAAAAUGACGUUGGCUAAUCUUCACCCACGUAAACCUGUAAUGAAUCAUUCAUUAGUUUACUGAAUUCAGUUUAUCCAGUAUCUAAAACUUCCUACAGGAGGGGCGUACACCAAAACGUAAUGGAAUAAAAGUCCGACUUUGACACAAACACACACAGCUUCCACCAUGGGCUUCUCGACGGCUGCAGCCCGGGCCACCCGGCUCCCUAGACUCUGGGCCCGGUCACUGCCGGUGGCCCGGUUCGGUCCGGAGCUGCAUCAGCGGCCGUCUGCUGCAAGGAGAAACCUGAACGUCCAGGCGAGCACCGGGGCCGGGAAGCUGAGGACCAUCGAUGACCUGCCCGGACCAAGUAUUGCCACGACUGCGUACUGGUUAUUUGUCAAAGGAUACACCGACAAGCUCCACUUACUGCAGGAUGUACAGAAGAGGAUUUACGGGCCCAUCUGGCGUUCCAAGUUCGGCCCAUUUGACAUGGUCAACGUGGCGUCUCCAGAGUUCAUAUCUCAGGUGAGCCGACAGGAGGGCUGCCGCCCAGUCCGAGCCCAGCUGCACCAUUGGAAGGAGUACAUGGACAUGAGAGGACAUGCCUACGGUAUGCAUACGGGAGGUCCACCGGACUGGUACCGAAUUCGCAGCAUCCUGAACCCCAAGAUGCUGAAGCCGCAGGAAGCGACCGCCUUCACCCCAAUCAUCCAGCAGGUGGUCGGAGAUCUGCUGAAACACAUCGAGCGCCUUCGAACUCACAGCGCGGACCAGGCCACUGUUCUAGAUAUGGCAGCUGAGUUCUACAAGUUUGGCUUUGAAGGUGUCUCCUCCAUCUUGUUUGAGACCAGGCUUGGCUGCCUGCAGGAGCAGAUUCCUCCAGACACGUUACGCUUCAUCGCCGCCGUGGACGAGAUGCUGACGCUGUCUGACAUCGUGAUCUUCUUCCCUCGCUGGAGUCGCAGCAUCCUCCCCUACUGGAAACGAUUCGUUCAGGCCUGGGAUGUCCUCUAUGAAGUUGCCCAGACCCUCAUCAACAGGAGGGUUGCUGAAAUCAAAGCUCAGAAGAGCAGGGGCGAGUCUGCGGAGGGCCUGUACCUGACCCACCUGCUGGCGUCUGACCAGAUGUCCAUAGGCGAGGUCUACACCUGCAUCACCGAGCUGCUACUGGGAGGAGUGGACACGACCUCCAACACCCUGUCAUGGUCGUUGUACCACUUGGCGAGGGACCUCAGGGUUCAGGAGCGACUGUACGCGGAGGUGGACUCUGUGUGCCCGGACAGACGCCAGCCGACCUCAGAAGACCUGAGCAGGAUGCAGUACCUGAAGGCCGUCAUCAAGGAGACCUUACGCCUUUACCCUGUGGUACCAGGAAACGCACGCUUUGUUUCAGAGAACGAGGUCGUUGUCGGCGACUACUGGUUCCCAAAGAAGACUAUGUUCCAUCUGUGUCAUUACGCAUCCUCUCAUAAUAAAGAAGAGUUUGUAGACGCAGAGCUUUUUGUCCCGGAGCGAUGGCUCCGUUGUGGAGCUCCCCGGGUCUACCCUCACCACCCGUACUGCUUCAUACCCUUCGGUGUCGGGGUGCGAGCCUGUCUGGGGAAGCGGGUGGCGGAACUGGAGAUGUACUUGGCUCUGUCCAGGCUAAUGCAGCACUAUGAGGUGCAGCCUGAAGAUGGUGCACCUGUGGUGGAGCCUAAAACUCGAACCCUGCUGAUCCCCGCAACGCCCAUCAACCUGCGCUUCCUGCCCAGAGCCUGAGGAGGGCGCUGCUGAGGAUCAACAGCACAGGUGAUUAAAAUCAACAUUUCUGCAGGCUGCAAACAAACUAAACGCAUCCCUGCAAGUCUAACAAAAUCUGUCUAACUCUUGGGACUUUGAGUGCAGCGUAGUGCUUAGGAGAAUAGUUUGGCAUGUUUAAUCAGAGUGGCACUGUAGAAAUCAAUGAAUAAAAACUAAAAUUACUGACUGGAGGGACCAAUAUAAAGGGAAUUUCUGUUAUAUGUUUAUUGUUUAUUAUUAAAAGGAUCCCCAUCAAAUAACAAUGAUGAUAUAAAAACAGUGAAACAUUGUAGACAUCAUUAUUCAAAUAAGUUGUUACAUUCAUACAGUCCAUUCCCUACUCACAAAUUUAAAUAAUGCGUUCUCAAAUGCUACUUUAAAGAUAUUUUAUUUCCUGUUUCCCAAAGGCCAGGGUGAUCUUACCCCCAGUCUGGCAUAUAUCAGUGAUAAGCAACAUUUAUUGUGAUGCAUUUUUAUUUUUUCUUAAUUUUCCAAUUGGAAUAAACAACUCCCACUUGUAACCUCAGCGGACAAAAAUGUCCCACUUCUUACAGCUGCUAAAAGUCAGUAUAAAUUAGUGUUAUUUUCCUUUUUCCUUUUUUCCUGAGUCCUUUUUUAUUUAUUUUUAUUUUAAAGCCUAUUUUUUCCCCUGUCUGGGAUAUGUUAGUCUUGUGAAAAAUAGUAAAAAGUAUAUUUUGAAGCUCUGGUUGAAAGCCUGAUAUAAUAGAAUGAUUUGAUGAUGUAAUGGAUGUGGGGUCAGAAAUGUUGGUUUUAAUGGGUUUCAAUGGAGACACUUUUGUCCUAAAGAGUCUGAGUGUGUGUCUAUAAACAGUUUUUAUACUCAUUAGACUUAUUGUAGGAGCUGAUGUUCCAAAAUGUGAAUAAAAUCUGCCGAAAAUGAACGCAAUCUGUAUUAAAGUGUCACACUCUGUAAUUGUUUAUUUUACUCUAACUUUUUACAUCACCUUAACUUAAACAAGGUCGUCAGGCUGCACUUAUGUAAUCAGUUAACAAGUUGAAGUAUAUCCAGCUUAUAUAACGGUGCUUCUAACACAGCUAAAGCCAUAAAUAUGUUUUUUUUUAAUGCACAUGAAAAUGCAUGAAACUGUGAGCUAAUAGCAGCUUCAAAGAGCCUCCAUAGGAUUUAAUUUUAUCUGUGAUUUAUGAUAACUUGUACAUAAAAAUGAAUGGGGGGAAAAAACGGAUGAAUGGUUAAAAAUCUCUGUAACCUCUAUAAUUGUGUUAUUGUGAUGCUACUCUGCUUUAAAUGCUAUUGCAGAUACACAAAGAUGUAUUUUAAAUGUAUUUCUUUACGAUCUCAUCUUUCAUCCCACUUUGUGUUGCAGAGAUAAAAAUAAAACAUUUUAAAAAAAGAA